CGGAUGGUUAUGUUUGGACACAGUUUCUUUGUAUCACAUUUGCAAAUUUUUAAAGCAACCAUGCAGCAGAGGGCUUUCCAGCAAUCUCUUCGUUCUACCUCGGCGAGCAAAGGAGGAAGGGGAUCAUCAGGAAAGAUGUUCUUUGUUGCAGGGACCAAAAAUACAUCAGGGCAAGGCAACGGAAAUGAAAGAAGAUCUAUUUAUCAGAAAUUCCGUGAGGUAGAUUUAUUGGACAAGAAGAAGACAGUAACAGCCUUGAAGCCUGGGGAAGAUCGGGCAAUUCUCCUUGGACUUGGAAUGAUCCUCUCCUCAGUAAUGAUGUAUUUCGUCCUGGGGAUCACAAUACUGCGCUCCUAUGCGGAAAGUAUGUGGACAGAGGAAGGUGUUUGUGUCAUCCUCAACUCCACGGUCACUGCAGACAUGAACUGUUCCUACAACUGUGGGUCAGACUGUUGGAGGGUCUCCAAAUAUCCCUGUCUGCAGGUUUAUGUGAGCGUCAACAACACAGGCCGUGUCAGUCGUUUGUCUCAAAAUGAAGAGACCCAUGAGGCCAGCACUGAAUGUUUCUAUGUACCCAGGUGCCAGAAAGACAGCUCUGCUAUGCACACUAUGAUCACAGUCAUUGCCGAGCGCCUGAAGGUGAACCAGCAGGUCCCCUGCUUUUACGACCCCAGCGAGCAGCAGGAGACCGUCCUACUGACCAGGCUGUAUGACCAGGGCGUCGUCUUCCAAUCGCUGAUGUGGCCAUCCUGCAUGCUCAUCGGUGGUACUCUUAUCAUCGUGAUGGUGAAGCUCACACAGUAUCUCUCCAGAGUCUGCGAAGAAGUAGGGAAGAUCAAGAGGUGA